ACAUGAACAAAGGUCUCUGGUUUUCCUAGGCAGAGGACCCUGCGGCCUUCUGCAGUGUUUGUGCCCCUGAGUACUUGAGAUUAGGGAGUGGUGAUGACUCUUAAAGAGCAUGCUGCCUUCAAGCAUCUGUUUAACAAAGCACAUCUUGCACCACCCUUAAUCCAUUUAACCCUGAGUUGACACAGCACAUGUUUCAGAGAGCAGGGGGCUGGGGGAAAGGCCAUAGAUCAACAGCAUCCCAAGGCAGAAGAAUUUCUCCUAGUCAGAACAAAAUGGAGUCUCCUAUGCCCACCCCUUUCUACACAGACACAGCAACAAUCUGAUCUCUCCUUCCUUUCCCCACACUUCCUCCCCUUCUCUUCAACGAAACCGCCAUCGUCCUCAUGGCCCGCUCCCGAUGGUCGCUGUCUCUUCGGAGCUGUUGGGUACACCUCCCAGACAGGGCAGCCGGGCAGAGGCGCUCCUCACCUCCCAGACAGGGCGGCUGGGCAGAGGCGCCCCUCGCUUCCCAGACGGGGCCGCCCGGGCAGAGGCGCUCCUCUCCUCCCAGACGGGGUGGCCGGGCAGAGGCGCUCCUCACUUCCCCGACGGGGCCGCCCGGGCAGAGGCGCUCCUCAGUUCCUCCCAGACCGGGUGGCAGCCGGGCAGAGGCGCUCCUCACCUCCCAGACGGGGCGGCCGGGCAGAGGCGCUCCUCACUUCCCCGACGGGGCGGCCGAGCAGAGGCGCUCCUCACUUCCCAGAGGGGGCGGCCGAGCAGAGGCGCUCCUCACUUCCCAGAGGGGGCGGCCGGGCAGAGGCGCUCCUCACUUCCCAGACGGGGCGGCCGGGCAGAGACGCUCCUCACUUCCUCCCAGAUGGGGUGGCGGCCAGGCAGAGGCGCUCCUCACCUCCCAGACAGGGCGGCCGGGCAGAGGCGCUCCUCACUUCCCAGACUGGGCGGCCGGGCAGAGGCGCUCCUCACCUCCCAGACGGGGCGACCAGGCAGAGGCGCUCCUCACUUCCCAGACGGUGUGGCGGCUGGGCAGAGGUGCUCCUCCCUUCCCAGAUGGGGCAGCCAGGCAGAGGCGCUCCUCACUUCCCAGACGGUGUGGCGGCCGGGCAGAGGUGCUCCUCCCUUCCCAGAUGGGGCAGCCAGGCAGAGGCGCUCCUCACUUCCCAGACGGUGUGGCGGCCGGGCAGAGGCGCUCCUCCCUUCCCAGAUGUGGCAGCCAGGCAGAGGCGCUCCUCACUUCCUCCCAGACGGGGUGGCGGCCAGGCAGAGGCGCUCCUCACUUCCCAGAGGGGGCGGCCGGGCAGAGGUGCUCCUCACUUCCUCCCAGACGGGGUGGCAGCCGGGCAGAGGCACUCCUCACCUCCCAGACGGGGCGGCCGGGCAGAGGUGCUCCUCAUCUCCCAGACGGGGCGGCCGGGCAGAGGUGCUCCUCAUCUCCCAGACGGGGCAGCCGGGCAGAGGUGCUCCUCAUUUCCUCCCAGACGGGGUGACGGCCGGGCAGAGGCACUCCUCACCUCCCAGACGGGGCGGCCGGGCAGAGGCGCUCCUCACCUCCCAGACGGAGUGGUCAGGCAGAGGCGCUCCUCACUUCCCAUAUGGGGUGGCGGCCGGGCAGAGGUGCUCCUCACUUCCUCCCAGACGGGGUGGCAGCCGGGCAGAGGCGCUCCUCACCUCCCAGACGGGGUGGCCGGGCA